UGUUACUAUAUUAGAUGACAGAUUGCUCUAUCUAUUAAAUGCUUCAGAAACUACUGUGCAGCUAACUUCGUGGAUUCGUAUAAGCUGUCCUGGAUUCUUCCGUGACAAUUAGGGAGACAGAAUGUUAUCAAGAUUAUAUUUCCGCACUAUUUCUUCACAACUGAAAGCUGUAGCUUCUUGUGGGAUUCAAACAACUGCAGUUACCUCAUCUAAUGUACCACGUCCAAAGCGUCCCAUCGAAGCACCUCCGGUUAGGUUUGGAUUCAUCCCAGAUGAAUGGUUUCAUUUCUUCUACCCUAAAACUGGUGCAACAGGUCCAUAUGUAUUUUUAACAACUUUUUCAACAUACUUAUUAUCCAAGGAGUGGUAUAUCCUAGAACACGAAUAUUAUGGCGGAAUUUGUUUGCUUUCUAUUAUUCUAUAUGCUUCAUAUAAAGUUGGACCCAAACUUGCAGCAUUCCUAGAUAAAAAGAUUGAUGAAGUUGAAGAUGAUCUUAAUUCUUCUAAAAAUACAUCUAUAGAAAAUCAUAAAGCUGCAAUUGAUAAUUUGGAAAAGGAAAAGUGGCGUACAGAAGGACAAUUGAUGAUCUAUGAUAUAAAAAAGCAAAAUAUUAUGAUGCAGUUAGAAGCUAAUUAUAGGGAAAAUCUGGCAACUGUUUAUACAGAGGUUAAAAAAGUCUUGGAUUAUCACGCCCAAAUAGAUAAUAUAGAUCGUAGAAUUGCUCAAAAACACAUGGUACAAUGGAUUACAAAUAGUGUAUUAAAAUCUAUUACACCCGAACAGGAGAAAGCUAAUCUUCUGCAGUGUAUCAAGGAUCUUGAAAGUCUAUCUGCAAAGGCUUAAAAUUUUAUUUUGAAUCAGAGAAAAUAAAAGUACUAUUAGUAAUGUGGACUAGUUCAUUGUAAAAAAGUUAUGAAAAUAUCCAAAAGCUGUUGAAAUAAUCAUAUAAAUAAAAUAAACAUAAUCUUUUAAGUUGAAUAAAUGUCAUUGAGAAAUAAUACUAAA